UUCCUGGAAAUAUUCCACGAUACAGGCAACUCUCAAAGUUGGGAUCCGGCGAUCGGCGGCGGCGGCUCCAAUAAAAAUGUCGUCCUCCAAGCUGCAUCUUCCGGCGGACGACAGCGUCCUCCUCCUCCUCACGCACUCCAACCUCGCCACCUUCUCCUCCGACAUCCGAGUCUCCAAGCAGACCUCCGUCGAGGCGCUCAAGGAGAAGCUAUGGAGGAAGACCGGCACCGCUGUUGCCUCCAUGUGCCUCCAGCUCCGCGACGACACCGGCGCCAUGAUCGCCGACCUCGACCAAGACGACGCUACCCUCGCUUCCUACUCCCCAUACGACGGGUACCGCCUUCACAUUAUUGAUCUCGAUCCUUCGUCAGUCACCUCUGGGGGUUGGUUGGAGGAUACUUCACUUGUUGACAAGUAUAAAAUCUCAGAUGAAGCAUAUAAUAAGCUUGAUACAAACUUUCGAAAAUUCAAAGAAAAGAUGGCACUGAAAAACCCUGCAUCAGAUGAUAAAGAACAAUCUGACAAACAUAUGGAGGAAUUGUGUGCCAACAUCAAGGUGGGUGAUAGAUGUGAAGUCGAGCCAGGUGCUAAGAGGGGCACUGUAAAAUUUGUUGGCAGAGCUGAAGCUCUUGGACGUGGAUUUUGGGUUGGAAUCCAAUAUGAUGAACCACUUGGAAAGCACGAUGGCAUGGUGAAAGGCAUUCGCUUUUUCGAGUGUCCUCAAGGGCAUGGAGCUAUUGUUAGGCCAGAGAAAGUAAAGAUCGGUGACUACCCAGAGAGGGACCCGUUUGAAGAGGAGGAGAUCUAGUCUGCGUGUAGUUUGUGUUUGAGAUGGUCCUGUAGGCGUAUUCCUCUUCAGAAUUGCUUCCGUUAAUUCUUUCGCCCGUUAUCCCCUGUAUGUUGGUUUGAGAAUUGAGAUAAUUAAGCAUGAAAAAUAUAUGUUGGGUGUGAUUGUCCCUAAUCCCAUGCUGGGAUGGCAAAUUGGGAAUUGAGGAUGCUGUAGUGGUGUUAGUAUUUGAGCAUUUGGACGUUUGAGGUGCAUAACCUCAUCAAUCAUGUGAUUAAGCCGAACCCCACAUGGGGCUGCCUGUACCGUUCAUU